UUCCAAAUACUAUAUUUUAAAGUUUUUUACAUAUACUUUCCUAUAAAGUAUCUUAGAUAAAUAUAGAUAUAUACAAACUUCUCUAUAUAAAGAACUUCAAUGAAUCUCUCAUCUCACUCAAUCCAAACUCAACCAACAACGCUACACUUCAUCAUAAAAAAUAAAAAACCAAUGGCAACCAUUUCCUUCCCUCACAACCACCAAUCAUCCGACAGCCGCCGUGGUGGAUCCCACCACCACCGUCACGGCCCCGUCGUGGAAGAGAUCGAAGGACUCAUCAAAGUUUUCAACGACGGCUGCGUCGAAAGACCUCCCAUAGUUCCCACCGUCUCACCCACCCUUCACCCAUCUGCUAAAGCCACAGCCUUUGACAUCAAACUAUCCAACGACACAUGGACACGUGUAUACAUCCCCGACGCCGCAGCAGCCUCGCCGUCCGUUACUCUCCCUCUCCUCGUUUACUUCCACGGCGGUGGCUUCUGCGUUGGCUCCGCAGCUUGGAGUUGCUACCAUGACUUCUUGACCAGCCUCGCCGUUCAAGCCCGUUGCGUUGUCGUCUCCGUAAACUACCGUUUAGCCCCUGAACACCGUCUCCCGGCGGCGUACGACGACGGCGUUAACGUCGUCACGUGGCUAGUCAAGCAACAAAUAUCUAACGGUGGAUAUCCUUCUUGGGUGAGUAAGUGCAACCUCUCAAACGUUUACUUGGCCGGAGAUAGCGCCGGAGCCAACAUAGCUUACCAAGUCGCCGUCAGAAUCACCGCCAGUGGCAAAUACGUAAACACUCCAAACCUCAAGGGCAUAAUUCUCAUCCACCCUUUCUUCGGCGGCGAAUCAAGAACGUCCUCGGAGAAACAGCAACACCACUCCAAGUCAUCGGCUCUAACUCUUUCUGCUUCCGACGCGUAUUGGCGUCUAGCUCUACCACGUGGAGCGAGUAGAGACCAUCCUUGGUGUAACCCUCUGGGGAGCUCGACGGCGGGAGCGGAGUUACCCACUACGAUGGUGUUCAUGGCGGAGUUUGAUAUACUAAAAGAUAGAAACUUGGAGAUGUGUAAAGUGAUGAGAAGCCAUGGGAAGAGAGUUGAAGGUAUUGUUCAUGGAGGUGUUGGUCACGCUUUUCAUAUUCUCGACAACUCGUCGGUGUCACGUGAUCGAAUCCACGACAUGAUGUGUCGUCUUCACAACUUCAUACAUCCAUAAUAAUUCCCUAAAGACUUUCUUUCGCAACCUUUAAUUGAUUUUAAAUGUUGGACGUGAAAAUAAUGAUAAAAACUUAAUAUGUUUGUGUUUUGAUUGUGGAUUAAAGUAAGUUUUGCUUUGUAGUGUUUUUCAAUGGAUGUGAUUAGUAUAAAUUAGUACGAUUCCUCCUCUAUUUGGAUAAAUUAUGUAAUUGUAAUAUAUAAUUAUAAGCUUUUGGUUUGUGUUCUAUA